UACAGUCUAUGGUAUUGACGCAUUUCGGUGUGACUGUCUCUCGGGUCACCGGGUACGCUACAUUCCGCAGCCGGAAUAGCUUCCUAGCAGUCGAGGACAACGACCGGAAAAAUACCAUAAUUAAUUCAUUUCAGAGGAACCGUGUUUGAUAGCAGACAGCAGCUUUGCCAAUAACAACGAACUCCAGUCGGUCUCUGCUUCCCAUUUAAGCCAGAGAUGGCAGCCGAGAAGACCGAAUACCCCCUUGUGGCGGGGGGAUCCUCUCCACCCUUUCUCCCUGGACAAGCAGCGUUUCCUGUCGCAUUUGAUGGGAACAAGCCCGACACACACAUGAUAGGGUCUCUACCUUUUCCUCCACCGACUGCGUUUGGACCGGCCGCGGCUGGAGCUUUUGGAAUGGGCAUGAACCCUCAGGGCGGUCCUGGAUACUUUUCCAACCCCCUUCCACCUUCGCCUUAUUAUCCACCUGGCCCCGGCUUUAAUGUUAACAUCAAUGAUGAUGGUUAUCACCACAGCCCGGAGGAUCCGCCACCCUUUGAUGACAAUGAAGAUUUUAUGGUUGGAUUGGAUGACAAAAGCAUAAGAAGAGCCUUCAUUAGAAAGGUAUUCUUGGUGUUGACUGCUCAGCUGAUGGUGACCUUUGCUUUUGUGGCUGUUUUCACCUUUGUGGAAGAAAUCAAGGCAUUUGUCAUGGUGAACAUCUGGACCUACUAUGUGUCCUACGGUGUCUUCAUUGUGUCCGUCUGUGUGAUCAGCUGCUGUGGAAACGUUCGCCGAAAACAUCCUUGGAACCUAAUUGCAUUAUCCAUCCUGACUCUCAGCAUGUCCUACAUGGUGGGGAUGAUUGCCAGCUUCCACGACACUGACACAGUAGUCAUGGCAGUGGGCAUCACAGCUGUUGUGUGUUUCACAGUGGUCAUCUUCUCCCUCCAGACCAAGUAUGACUUCACUUCCUGCCACGGUGUGCUUUUCGUCUGUUUGAUGGUUCUGAUCGUCUUCGGAAUCCUCUGCAUCUUCAUCCGUCACAGGAUUCUGCACAUUGUGUAUGCUGGACUGGGAGCGUUGCUCUUCACCUGUUUCUUGGCGGUGGACACACAGCUACUGCUUGGCAACAAGGAACUGUCCCUGAGUCCAGAAGAAUACAUCUUUGCUGCUCUUAACCUGUACACAGAUAUCAUUAACAUCUUUCUUUACAUUCUCGCUAUUCUUGGCAAAGCAAGGGGGAACUGAGCAGGAAGAGCUACUAGCUACUGAUAAAAAGUUAUAUAUGAAGUUUCAAGUCUUGUAGUUGCAGUGAUCACAUAAUAGUUUCCUUUUUUUCCUCACCCUGUGUAUAUGUUCUUUUUUAUGAUGUUUUUUAUGAUAAUAUUAAUAGAGUGUCUAUGUGGUAACUUUUUGGGUUUAUUAUUAAACUUGAAUAAAGUAUACAGUAUGA